GAUAAACGCCAGUAUUUCUCCGGUAAGAAUCAGUGCUAGUUCUGCCGUAAUUUCAAGUCAUCACGAUGAUUUUAGUUACGGAAUUUUUUGAAGUGGUUGUCUUGUUUGCUUGUGUGAAUGGAUUUGUUCUUGACUCCAAAACAUAUACAGGAAAUGGAGAAUCUCCAACCUUUUGGCGAACGCAAGCAAAAGAUGCAAUCACGAAAAAAGCCAAAAUGACCUUGAAUAAAGGUGUCGCAAAGAAUGUGAUUUUAUAUCUCGGCGACGGCAUGAGUAUACCGACAAUCACAGCAGCGAGAAUUCUCAAAGGUCAACUUCAAGGUCACACUGGUGAAGAAACGAAGCUAAGUUUCGAGGAGUUUCCCAUUGCAGGUCUUUCAAAGACAUACUGUCAAGACCGCCAGGUGACGGAUUCUGCUUCCUCGGCCACAGCCUACUUGUGCGGAGUGAAGACAAACAUUGGCACAAUUGGGGUAGAUGCUGGUGCAAGACGUGGAAACUGUGCAAGUCAGAAAGGAUCCGAGCUUACGUCUAUUUUGGAUUGGUCAAUGGCAGCAGGCAAGUCUGUUGGUUUUGUGACGGUGACACGUGUCACUGACGCCACCCCAGCAGGUUUGUACGCUAACGUAGCAGACAGAAGUUGGGAAGGUGACCACUACACUAGCAGAAUAACCGGAGGGUGUAAAGAUAUCGCUUCUCAACUCAUUGAUGACUACAAAAAUGUUCAGGUUAUAAUGGGAGGAGGACGUCGAUUUUUUAGGCGCUUUGAUCAACCUGAUCCCGAACAUGGCUCUAACGCUCAUUACGGACGCAGGGACGGCAGGGAUUUGAUUCAGGAAUGGAAAGAGGGUCAACAUAAUCUAGGACGAACAUACAAAUAUGUCUGGAAUAGUUCAGAUUUUAACAGUAUUAAUCCUGCAACCACAGAUUCUAUUCUAGGAUUGUUUGAAUAUUCACAUAUGCAAUACGAACUGGAAAGAAAAGAUCCCAAUCACGAGGUGGCCGGAGAACCAUCACUUGCCGAGAUGACAGAAAAGGCAAUUAAAAUACUUAGCAAGAACCCAAAAGGCUUCUUCCUUCUUGUAGAAGGCGGCAACAUUGAUCAUGGCCAUCAUGGUGGAAGAGCUAAAAUGGCAUUAUACGACACAGUGGCUUUCCAAGACGCUGUAGCAAAAGGUGCAAGUUUGACAAUGGAAAACGAAACACUCAUUGUUGUAACGGCCGAUCACGCACAUACCAUGACGAUGGUCGGUUAUCCGUCAAGAGGCAACAAUAUCCUUGGCAAGGUUGAUGAUGGAGCUGGUGGGAACACUCAUGCAUCAGACGGAUUACCAUACACGACCUUGUUAUAUGGGGAUGGUCCAGGUUUCCAUGUUUCUACACAUGGCCAUAGAGAGGAUAUCACGCACGUUGACACAACCGACAAGCAUUACCAACAGCAGACGGCCGUCUACAAAACCACCGAGACGCAUGGUGGUGAUGACGUAGGAAUAUUUGCACGUGGUCCUAUGUCAUACCUUCUCACUGGUGUUCACGAGCAAAAUGAAAUAGCGCAUGUCAUGGCGUAUUCCUCGUGUGUCGGAGACUAUGCAAACCAAAACGAGUGCGCAGCUUCUUUAACUGGUUGAACUUCGUUUAUUUAUAAAAUUGUUGAAGAUAUUUUAAUAAAAAAGUGUUAAUGUU